ACAAGGCGCUGACCACGCAGGACGCUGCGUUUGACUGACACACACGUGUGUGUCAUUAGAUGACACAGGGAGGCUGUGGGGCUCCAUUUGUGUCCUGCAGGGGAAAUGAUGAUGAUGAUGAUGAUGAUGGUGGUGUUAGAGGAGGGGGGAUUGUGACGCCUCUCUGCCCGCCGUCCACAGGAAGACUGGAUGAAUUGAUUCGGGCUUUGCGCAGUUUGUUCGCCCUCAUCGCGGCAGAAAGGAAAACGGGCUGGUUCUGUCUCUGAAAUGUCUCACCGCUGGAAAUGCAGCUCCACGUUUGUCUGUUGCUCCUUUUCUUUACAACAGAUAAAGCUGUGACGUUGUUGCACCAACACUGUGGUGGAAAUGUCACGUUGGACCAAGAACCUGAAGGCCACAUCACUCUCCUCUUACCUGGGUUCUUUAACCACACCGGCAGCCUCAGCCCCAUGAGCCAGCAGUCGGAGGAAAGCUUACCACUUUCAAAUUGCACUUGGCUGUUGGGCAUUCCUCUGAGGAAGAAGCUACUUUUACAGUUAAAAUGGACAGAAAGUAAUUGGAGGAUCUCGCUGAGAUGUGUUGAGGAAGAUCAGAUCCUACAGAGUCGUGGGGAAACAGUAUUGCUCUCUGACUGUGAUGAAAACAAAGCUGUCCUCAGUUGGACAGGGCCAAGAAUGUCCUCAAAUUCAAUUCAUCUGACUUAUUGUGUUCAGGAAGCUGAGAGAAAUUCCUCAGAGGGCCAGUCAGUCCAUCAACAGCAGCAGGACCCUACUGGUUGGUCGGUGACGGGAGCCACCUAUAAAAGCAUUGCCACAGCUGCUCAAAGGGUGGUGGAGGGUACUCCACAGGGCAGAGAUCGUGUCCAUGAAGGGGAAAUUUGUAGUUUUGGCACUCGCUCUGCGUCUAGCACCUUCUCUCAGGACAAGGAGCUGCUGCAGCCAACCUCAUCCCAGUGGGGACUCCCAGUCGCUGGGAGAACUGAUAGGGAAACUCUCCCUCUUCCUGAGGAAAAAUGGAACAAUGAAGCGGAUACAUCUGGAGCGACUAACCUCGCUGACACUCCCACGACUGCCAUAACACGCCCAUAUUUUCAGCCUGUAGUCAGUACAGACACCAAAACAGAAAAUCCUACUGGCCUAACCCAAGUGCAAACUGAGACAUCCUGGACAGACACGAAAGUCGCUCUUUCCAUUACCACAGAUUUACAAAGAUCUACAUCUGGACAGAUGUUAAAGAUGGAGGAGUUUGUUACACAGAUGGAUGGACGUACAGAUAUGCAGACAAACCAAAGUAUUUCCAGUUACAGUGUUUUUAAUUCUUCUUUACCUGGGAUAUUGACGUCUGACAGCAGUACCUCAAUAAAUCCACACGGUGGUGCUAUUGAUCAAACUCCGGAGAAUAAACAAGCUCACUCAGACGGAUUUUAUGCGGCUUUCACCUCCAUCACAUCCUCAAAAACUGUAAAAUCCUCCAACAAACAGCAUGACUCAACCAGCACAGAGCCCUCUCUGUCAUCACCAUCAUCCUCACAGGGCUCCAGUCGGGCUCCUUCACCCACCACCCACAUGGCAGAGAUUCCCACUGGUGUGGGCACUGUGGAGGCUGCUUUACCUCAUCCACACACAGCUCAGAGUGACUCAACUGAGUCUGACAAUAGUUCUCGGAGAGCUGCUGUGAAGUCGACUGAUGGGCUGGACAAUACGGAUGGAUUUCAUACAGUCACUCCUUCCACACAGAAUCAGACAAACUCUCCUGAAAACAUGGAGAGACUCUCUCAUCCUCUGUAUCCCUCCCCCAUCCCAACACAAACACCCGGAAUAGACACACAAACGUCGACAGAAGGAAUGCAAAGAAGUGGGACUAAUUUGUACAUCCCCACAAACAUGAUGCAAACUCUGUUUAACGAGGAUGGAUCUUUUUCUACAACCAGACCAGCACAGAUAAUCAAAUUCCAGACCUCAACAGGUACAACAACUAUCAGACAAAUGCAUACACCAUCAUUUAGUGAAACUUUAAAAUCACCCAUGGAUUCAUCUACUCCUUCAUAUGGACUUCAAAAACAAACUGGACUUCCUGAUGGUACGCAGGCGACUUUUCCCUCUUCGAUGGCUGAAUCCUCCAUGGACACAAGCAGCAUGAACCCAAAAACUAUGUCUGAGUCCUCACAAACCUUUCGUCUGUUCCUGCCGUCUUCUGCUACAGUCUCUCCAAACAAACACUUUACUACUGAAAAUACACCUUCGCACCCGGUGAAAUCUGAUAGUAGCGAUGUGAAGGGAACCACAACCUGGCAGCGGUCUCCAAGUGGCACGAUGAAGCAUAAACGUCCAGGUGGACCUACUCAGCCCUUUCAUCCCACCAAACAGAACCAUUUUGGCGUCACAUCAUCAGCAUUUACCCCUUUAUUUAAGGGGAGUUCAACAAAAAGUCCCAUCUACUAUAUUGUUCCAAACCAACCUGCUACAGUUAGAGUGGAAUCAGUUGAGCUGCUCCUGCAGAUAGUUGUAGAAGAGUCUUGUUCCAUUUCGACUGCUGGUCUGGAGGAAGACAUAAUGCCAUGGUUGGAGUCCUACCUGCAGAGAGCACCAGGCUUCUGUAAACUGCUGGGAGUCUGGCGCAGUGGGCAGGCAGUGCAGAGCCUGGUUGUGUUUCAAACUAGUGAGGCUCUGCAGUGGCUCGGUGUAAGCAGAGCCGCAUCACUGCUGCAACGAACAGGACUAGCUCAGGCUGCUCACCAGGGGAAGAUGUUCAGAUCAUGUAGCAUCACCAACAUCACAGUUGGAGGCCUGCAGGGCGACGUGUGUAACUGGUUACUGCAGUGCCCAUCCGGGUACAAAUGUGUCCUCCAGCCCGGCACCACCAACUACAGCUGCUCCUCCGCCUGCCGCUAUGACUACUGCCACCACCACGGCAUCUGCACACACCAUCCAGGGCAGCUUCCAGUCUGCCGUUGUCUUGUAGGAGAUGACUUCUGGUACAUGGGUCAGAGGUGUGACAUGAGGAUGACCAGAGCUCGGCUCAUAGGUGCAUGUCUCUCCAUCUUACUCAUCAUAGUGAUGCUUAUUGGCAUUUUGGCUUGUCUGGCUGUGCGGCGCUACCGAGCCAUUCUGAUCCAGGCAAAAGUGGACCAAACUCGCAGCAGUUAUCGUAGGUUCAACCAUUUCGAUGAGCUGUCGGGUCGGUUCUGGCUGCGUUCGUGGGCCGGAUCUGCAGAUUCUCUGGACAACCCUGCCUUCAUGCGGUCGGAUGAAUUACUGCAUCUGCAGGCACUUGACCGGCCUUGCUGUUACCACGACGACACAUUGUCCCUUCCUUCCACCUGCCCCAGUCAUGGGAUGCGUAUCAACACAAUUUACCCCCACAGCUCCCAGUAUGGUUGGAGGGGCAGCGGGAUGAGCAUGGGGGAUGGUGUGUUGGACUCGGGGAAGGCCAGUGACCUGUCUGUCUGUAGCUGGCCUGUGGAACCCAUUCACUGGACUCCGUUCCCACUUCUGCAGCAGCUGGCAUCCCACAGGAAUCCUGCAGUCAGGAUGUCACGGCCGCGGUCCUACUGCGAAGGCAUGGAGCUGGUAGACAUGGGAAAGAGUUGGACUGCUUGAUGACCUGAGGAGCAAGAAAAUCUGUUACUGUUUUUAUGUUAAACCUAAAUGCUUUGUCAAUAAAAGAUGUAAGGAAAUAAUAUAUGAAUGUGUAUUUUUUUUAUUAAGAGAAAACAUAUUUUACAUACUUGGAGAAUUGCAUAAUGAAGCUAUCAAAGGUUUAUCUGAAUGUUAGAAUUGUAAAAACAGUACAGAAUAUUUAGAUUAAGCUAAAAUGAAGUCUUAAGCAGUUUGAGAUAAUGUGUACAUUUGUGGAAAAUUAUUUGCAUAGUUUGAAAUGUUUCACAAAUUUCAUAAAAACCCAUUUCACACAAAUGACUGUUUUAAAACAAAAUACAGUCUGAUUGCUUCCACCUGAAUUGUUCUUAAAUGAAUCAAUAAGGUCUAGUUUUGACUGAUUCAAUGAUACAGAAUAUUCAGAAAAAUUAAAGUUAGGAAAUUUGUGAAUCAUACAACCUAGACUGAAUGAAGAAAAGUGAGUCUGAUUGUGAGGAUUUAGGUUUUCUGUGUGUUUAUUUAGUUCCUGUGUUGUCCUGUCUUCCCCUUGAUUGUUCCCAGCUGUCCCUUGUUUCCCCUGAUUACCUUUCCUGGGUAUUUAUACCCACCUGUGCUUCCCAUUCCCUGUUGGGUCCUUGUUGUGUCUAAUGUCCAUAUCCUGCCUGUGUUGUCUUUUGGAGUAACUACCAGUGUUGGUGUUUUUUGUCUCAUUGCUCACCUGCACUGCCUGGUUUUCAAUGUGGACCAAUAAGGUCAUUUUUAUUGCUCAGCUUUUUUAUCAACAUUACAGAAAGAGAGCCCCAGUUUGUUCUUACCAGUUUCAGGGCAUUGUAGCAUUCCGCCUGUCAGGGUGGAUGCAUGUUAGAGUUCCCCUGUUAUAAAUGUAUGUUCAGAUUUUUUUAUUUUUAAAACUUUAAUUCCUCCAUUUCUGGCAGAAACAUAUUUUUGAAGAAUUAUCUUCUCUGGUUUUUGAUGCUGAGCAGCUGAAAAGAUUUUUGAUUAAACCUUUUUUUUUUUUGCCAUUUAGAAUGAUCACUAACCAUGGCAACCAAGUAGUUUACAGUCUUGAGCAAUGGAUUAAGAGCAAAACAUGACAAAUACUUAUAUUGAAACUACAAAUCCCAGAUGAAUUGAAAAGGAGGCAGCGUGGAUGUAGCAGAGCAGGAGGAAAAAAGAAGUUCAAACCACCUCUUCAAUCAAUCAUAAGGUGCAGUUUGAAACUGUUGGCUUAGCUAGUUGGAUAAAGUCCAGGCCCUGACAAGAAGUCAGCCAGAGUUCCAGAAAUGCAGUGUAACAUGUUUUACUGAAAUUUGGCUGCAGGAUCGUAUCCAUGACUCCGUCUCUGCUGGACGUCGGGCAGACAGCGUUAAAGAGCAGAGGAAUAAGUUAAGGAGUAGCAGUGUUUGUCCAACCAGUGUUGUUUUUUAUCCUCCCUGUGUGUGGACAGUUUUGUUCUUGUUUUUCUGUUUGUUUCUUACUGGUCAUGAUAUUGUGAUGAUCAGAGAAACUAAUUUUGAGGUUUUCAUGAGCUAUAAACCUUUGUAAUAAAAAGAAAAGCUUGGAAUAUA